GCACAUCUCGCUGGGGAGCUUUGCUUAAAGCAUGCCAAGCCAUUUUGGAUUUAGCCAUUCGCCCAUGGCUGUUGGCCUGUUGCUGACUUGCUAGAAGGGGAAGCCGGUGCGGUGCAGGACUACUGCACGGUCGAGCGCCUAACAGGGUACACGGCAGCAUCGUACUGUGGAGUGAGUGAGACUGAGCCACAGAGGGCCUUAUACCAGCCGUAGUCAUGGCAAGAUCACCGACUACCUUACACGGUUACACCCCACUCUAGUGUGCAAGGUUGGCUCCCAGGCGCCCCGAGAAAUGGGUCUCGCCGGCGGCAUUGUCCGGAGAGUCUUCUCCAAGAACCCGUGCUCAUCGGCCGGCGGCCGCGGCCACAGUGAGAAGGGCUCUGCUGAUCACAGGAGAAGAUGGAGCUCUCUCCGGCUGUACCUCUGCGGCGAGGAGAUGAACGCAGGCCAAGAGGAAGAGGACGACGAGACGGUCUCCGUCAGGAGCUUCGAGACCUUCGUGAUGCAGCAGCAGCCGCACAUUCCGGUGGCUCAACCGAGCGAGGUGCACAACGCCAACUACCCUGGGGAGCCUGAAGAUCAGGGGAUCCCCAGCGAGCCCAGCCACGCCUGGGCCGGGAAAGAGGAAGCGGCAACGCUGAUCCAAUCUGCACUCAGAGGAUUCAUGGCGAGGAGGCAGCUUCAGGAGUCGAGGAAACGCAAAGAAAGGGACGGCGCUGACGAGCCUAGGAGCCCCACUUCGGCGUCUGUUGCGGCGUCGUUGGAAGUCGAGGUAGCCGAGUCACUGAGCAACCUCCGGCUAAGCGAGGACAGUGCGUCGGUGCAGCAGCGGGCAAGCCAGAAGUCACGGCCGCCGCCAGUGUUCAGAGUCAAGGAGGACUGGGACGACAGCACGGUGAGCUCCAACGUGUCAAGGAUGAGGAUCCAGAGCAGGAUCGAGGCGACGACGCGGCGCGAGAGAGCCCUCGCCUACGCCUUCUCGCAGCAGCUGAGGAGCUGCGGCGGCACGAAGAAGCGGUCGGCGCGGCCGGAUCAGGCUGAGUUCAACAUGGGGUGGAGCUGGCUGGAGCGGUGGAUGGCGACGCGGCAGGCUGAGCCGGCCGACGACUGCAUGAGCCGGAACGCCGACACUGGCUCGGCCACGGCCGGGCGGCGGGUGGUCGUCGUCAGGAGGCGGAACGACCUCGCCGUCGAGGAGAAGGAGAGCUGCGGGUCUAACGAUGCGUCCGUCGUCAGCUUCGAUGGCUCCAGCUUCGGCAGCCACAAGCCGGGAAGGAGUCGGCUCAAGGGCGCCAGGAACCUGCCGCGUCGCAAGGUGGCGUCGUCAGACCACCGCCUCCAAGCAAGAUCACACAAGGUGAGAAAGAAAGGGCACCGGAGAGAGGAGCAGGCGCUGCAGAAGGAUCAAGCCGAGACCGAGGGCGCCUACGACGCCUGCCAACCUCCGACGGAUUACUGAGACGGACACAAAAGCAUGCGACGAUCUGUUGUACAUAUAGUAUGCUUCGGAUUUGCAACGCCGCCGCCGGAGCCGGAUUGCAGUGCUUGUGGAACGUUCUCCAACCGGAACCGGAAACCAUCUCAAGUAACUGACGAUUUGUUUGGGUUUGUAUGGUCUGAAAGACUGGUGAGUUCCUGUUGAGUCUACGUCUACUAGUUGUCCUAUGUUGCGUCGGUCAUGUAAAGUUCCUCGCUAAAUGUCGGCUCAGAUGUCGCUGUCCAUAGCUCUGCUUCUACGCAGUGUGCCUCAUCUUUUAUUUGCGGACGAUUCAUUGAUUUUGUUGAAGGACGGUGCAAUGAACGCUAAUCCGUUGCAACAAAUUUUGGAUGUGUAUGAGGACUGUUUGGGGCAGAAAAUAAAUAAAGAGAAGUCCA